GAGAGAGUUCAUCUCGGGUCUCAACCUAGAAGCAAGAAAAAGAGGGCGCAGAGCGAAGAUGAAGACGACGAAGGGAGGGAAAGUCAUGAACCCUACCGAUGCCUACCGGAAGGAGCUCCGUAAGAAGGAGCUCAAGAGGAACAAAAAGGAAAGAAAGAAAGUAAGGGAGGUCGGCAUUUUGAAGAAGGAUCCAGAUACAAUCAGGGAUCAGAUUGGAAAGUUGGAAAUUAUGAAAGCAGAUGGUGCUCUGGACAAGGCAAGGAAGCACAAGAAAAGACAGCUUGAGGACACACUGAACCUUGUUUUGAAGAAGAGGAAGGAGUAUGACGAGAAACUACGGGAAAAGGGUGAGACUCCGGUGAUGUUCAGCCACUUGGGCCCUCCUCGCAGACGAACAGCAGCAGAGGAAGAGGACAGAGUGAAACAUCCAAAACCAGAAGACUCUGUCUAUUAUCACCCUACAUUAAAUCCUACUGGGGCACCACCUCCUGGAAAACCUCCCAUGUAUAAAUCAUCAAUAGGACCUAGGAUUCCUUUGUCAGAAGCUUCAAUAAGUGGUGCAGCAUCAUCAUCAUUGCCAGAAUCAGAGGAUGUGACAUUAGCUAUGCCUCCUCCCCCACCACCUCUUCCAUUGCCAAACUCCAGUGAAUUGGGUUCUGGAGAUGGUGAUCUACCUUCAUCUUUGCCUGUACCACCUCCGCCUCCAAAGCCUGUUUCUGAUCUUGGUGCCAAAUUGCCCCCUACACCCCUGCCUCCACCUCCAGGACCUCCAUCCAAGGAACAGAUUUCCAGUCACACUCCACUGCCUCCACCUCCACCACCCCAACGACCUACUCAGCCACCUCCUCCAGGCACGAGCGGAAGUGAGAGGGAAAAAAAUCAAACUGCUGCAUCAGAUGAUCCAGAAACUAAGAUGCCAGGCAUGCAGCCCCAGCCUCCACCUCCUCCUGGUUUGCCACAGAAGUCUGUUAGUCAUCAACCUCAAGGUGCUCACUCUGACUCUUAUACCAGUAACAGUAUGAGGAGUAAGGAUGCCUCUGAGUUGAUUCUGCCACCGCCACCACCUCCUAGGCCACCAACUGCUGUAUCUAGGCCUGCAUUGAUGACUACGUUGCAGCCUGAUGUAUUACCUCCAGGUAUUUCACGCUUUCCACCACCUCCACCGCCAGAUAUGCGACCACCACUCCCUGGCCCUGGACUUCCUAACCGAGCUGCUCCCCCUGGAAUAGUUGUUCCACUGAUGCCAAGGCCACCUUUUGGUCCACCACCUGGACCAUCCCUGAUGAUGAGACCACUAGUUCCACCUGGCUCUGUUCCUACUUUUCAGGAAAAUGAUCAAACAGGGUUUAGACCUGCACCACCAAAGCCAUCAUAUAUCAAGUCAGCAGCAUCAACUGUGGUGAAGAAACCUCUGGCUCAGCAUACCCCUGAACUUACAGCUAUGGUUCCAGCAUCUGUAAGAGUAAGGAGAGAGACUGCUGUUGCAAAAGUGAAACCAAAACCACCGUCAUCAACAGGGGCAACAGUGCCCCGGGCAGCAGGUCCUGCUGUUGCUGGGAAGUCAGAACUGGUGAAUGCUUCAGCAGCACCAAAGACACACAGUAUUGAUGACUCGUACACUGCCUUUUUGGAAGACAUGAAGGCCCUUGGUGCUCUUGAUGGUUGAGCUGAUUGUAGCGGAUGCAGUGAAUUUGAGCUGUGAAACAUGUUGAAAGAAAACAUGAAAGGCUCUUGUUACAGUUUUGGGGUUUGUAGCGAAGAACGAGCUAUUGCUGUAACUAGGCAUGAUUUCCUCU